AUGCCAACCAGCGAGGCAAUUCUUUUGAAGAUUCUUGAGCAUAGAAGCAGCAACCUGAACGAGGUAUUCGGUCUGAUGUGCUCGUUGCUUGGGCUACAAUACUUCUUUGAGGAUGUGGAGCCGCGCGUAUACACACUCGCAAGCCCUUCAUUCAUUAUAGAUGUGUCUGGAUCUGCAGUGAAGCUGACGUUUGUUGACGAAAGGUUUUCCGAGUGCUUCCGAUAUGUCGAGUUCUAUUUGGGCGGCUUUCUUGCGAGCAGGAAGCUUGUAAACUUCUACUGCUAUCUCAAAAUGUUUGCAAUGAUGGAAACAGGCGGCGAUGAACUGCUGGACGGUAGAUGCACAGACACAUGCAGAUGCGUUUAUGAUGGAAGAUAUUGUGCAAAUGUAUCGUUCAGCAAGAUUAUACAAUUAGGCGGAACGGCAGUGUAUAACAUAUAUCGGCAUAGGUUUGAGAGGCAUCUGUAUGCUGGAGGAACAAUAAUUGCAAUUCCUGAGUGUGCCUAUGCCGAUGAUGUUGCAUCGGUGACUGUUAAGUGUGACGAUGGAAAUGAUGUAUCUGUGAUAAUGCACCUGAAUCUUGCAAUGCAUGUCAGCUUAGAAGCAUUGUGCAGAAAGGUGUUCGAAUGCAUUUCAAGCACAGAAGUGUAUUGGAAAGGAGCAUACAAAGGAAAUGAUGUUGUUGUGAGGAGCGAUCUUUCGGUGCAUGUUAAUGGAUGCAUUCGUAGGGAGGUUGGCUUUCUGAUGAAACUGGGAAAGUCGCUUGAGUUUUCGUUGUGUUUUUUUGAUGGAUUCAGCCGCUGCUUUUGA